AUGAUUUCAUGUGGAACUGAGGGAAAAUGUAUUUGUGGGGAGGCGUAUAGGCUUUUACGAAGAAGUCGUACACAUCUCAAGACUAAGUUGCGGUUCCGAAUUUGGUUUUUCUACCAAAAGGGUUUUCUAUCAAAAGAAGGGAUCAGCAUGAAAUUCACUAUUCACUCUGGGAAAGAAAGAAGAUCGACACCAUCUCAAAACUCUUGA